CGAAUCUAAGCGGUGUAAGACCAAGGCAAGAUCUCGGACAAAAUGGCGUCGAAGAUAUGAUACAGUUGUCGGAUCUUAAUGAAGCUUCGUUACUAUGGAAUCUGAAGAUCCGUUACGAUAAAGAACUAAUUUAUACGUACACGGGAAGCAUUCUCGUAGCCGUGAAUCCGUACAAAAUGUUCGACAUUUACGGUCUGGACCAGGUGAAACUUUACGAAGGCCGGAUUCUUGGCACGUUGCCGCCACAUCUAUUUGCCGUUGGGUCUUCGGCUUAUAGCCAGGUAACUGCAGCCAACAACGCUAGUGCCAAUCAAGUCGUCGUCAUUUCCGGGGAAUCCGGUUCAGGAAAAACGGAAUCGACGAAACUGGUGAUGCAGUACUUAGCAGCCGUGAACCGUGCACCUAACAAUCUGGUCACGGAACAAAUUCUUGAGGCAACGCCGUUAUUGGAAAGCUUUGGGAAUGCUAAGACACCGAGAAACGACAAUAGCAGCAGAUUUGGAAAAUAUUUGGAGGUUCACUUUAGAGACGGUGUCAUAGUCGGCGGCAGGAUAACCCAAUAUCUUUUGGAGAAAAGUAGAAUAGUCACGCAAGCCUCCGAGGAAAGAAAUUAUCACGUUUUUUAUGAACUUUUAGCAGGACUCGAUCAACAACUCAGGGACAAAUAUGGACUCCUUACGCCGGAUAAAUAUUUUUAUUUAAAUCAGGGUGGAAAUUGUGAAAUAGAUGGUAAAAGCGACGUUCAAGAUUUCAAAGCACUUUUAUCGGCAAUGCAAGUCUUAGGUUUUACGUCUGAGGAACAGGACACGAUUUUUAAGAUCCUGGCUAGCGUGUUACAUCUCGGUAAUGUUUAUUUUCAUCGUAAACAAAUGAGACAUGGUCAGGAAGGUGUCGAAGUUGGUUCGGAUGCUGAAAUACGUUGGGCUGCUCAUCUUCUUCAAAUCAGUUCCGACGGAAUCAUCAGAGCACUUACUACAAAAACUACCGAAGCGAGAAACGAGAAAGUUUUUACAGCUUUGAACAUAGAUCAAGCUUUAGAUGCUAGAGACGCUUUUGCAAAAGCUUUAUACAGUUCACUUUUUUCAUGGCUAGUAGCACGCGUUAAUCAUAUCGUUUAUAAAGGAACGAAACAAACGGCUGCCAUUUCUAUCCUCGAUAUAUUCGGUUUCGAAAAUUUUACCGAAAAUAGUUUCGAACAAUUGUGCAUCAAUUACGCUAACGAGAAUCUUCAAUUUUAUUUCAAUAAACACAUUUUCAAAUUAGAACAGCAAGAAUACGCUAAGGAAAAGAUCGAUUGGACAACUAUUACGUAUACUGAUAAUCUACCAGUGAUUCAUCUUAUCGCUAAGAAACCAGUCGGUAUACUUCAUCUAUUAGACGAUGAAAGUAAUUUUCCUAAAGCAACGGAUCUUUCGUUCUUAGAAAAAUGUCAUUACAAUCAUGCCUUGAGCGAAUUGUAUUCAAGACCAAGAAUGAAUUCGGCCGAAUAUGCAAUUAAACAUUAUGCUGGUCAAGUCUGGUAUAACGUUGAAGGAUUCUUAGAUAAAAACAGAGAUACUUUAAGAGCAGACGUUGUUGAAUUAUUGAUCAGUAGUAAAAUUUCUAUGGUUAGCAAAAUGUUUCAACAUGUAAGAACUACGCACGAGGCUAACAAAACUGUUAAUAAACCCAAUGGUCGAUUCGUCACGAUGAAACCAAGAACGCCUACAGUAUCAGCUAGAUUUCACGAUAGUCUUCAACAACUUUUAGAUUCCAUGUCUCAAUGCAACCCAUGGUUCGUGAGGUGUAUUAAACCUAAUACAGAAAAAGCACCAAUGAAAUUCGACAUGCCUUGCGUCCUAGAACAAUUACGUUACACCGGCAUGUUAGAGACAAUUCGAAUAAGAAAAACGGGUUAUCCAGUUCGUCUAUUGUUUGGUCAUUUCGUUGAUAGAUACAGAUAUUUAGUAUCGACACAUUUACCUAGAGGAGCACCAAACAAAGAACUGUGUAGGUUGAUAUUAGAUAAAGCGGCACCUAAAGAAGCACAGUCUCAAUAUCAAUUAGGAUUAACUCGUGUAUUCCUACGAGAAUCCUUGGAAAGAACUUUGGAAUACAAUAGGGCUUUGAUAUUGGAAAGAGCAGCUAUUACUGUUCAAAGAUACACGCGUGGUUUCUUAGCGAGAAGAAGAUUUUUGAACGUUUCUAGGAGCACGGUAAUCAUUCAAGCUGCUUAUCGUGGAUAUCGCGAGAGAAAGAAGUUUCACGAUCUUAAAAAGGGCGUAUUAAUGGCGCAAAAACUCUACAGAGGUAAGAUACAACGAGAGAAGUUUAAAGUGCUGAAGGAAGAAAUGGCUAAGAGAGCUGAAAUCGAGAGAGCAAGCAAAGAACGUGCUAAAGCAAAACAACAAAGAGAGGAACAAGAAAGAGCAUCAAGAGCCGUGGCUGGUGUUAAUCAUCUUGAAAUUCCUGCUGAACUCGCGUUCAUUUACAGUAAGCUCGACGAUUGGCAACCAACACAUACAGAAAGAAAUCUUUUGAAAGUAGUGGGUCAAGUGAUUUCCAUGCCGCACGCUUACGUUUUGCCAUCUGAUAUCGAUCAACAUCAAUUCUCAAAAUACACUAACAUUUACUUCAAGAGUCAUAUAUUUGGUAUGAAACGAGAACCGAUUAAAACACCAUUCCUUACGAAGGCUAGAGAUCAAGAUUACACGGAUUCCUUGAUGAUAUUCAAAAUGAUCUUGCGUUUUAUGAACGAGAACAAUUUAAGUGGAAAAAGAGAACAAGCUUUGGGAGAUUAUAUAGUUAAUAAGGGUAUAGUUAAUGAAAAAUUAAGGGACGAGAUACUUUGUCAAUUGGCUAAUCAAACUUGGAAGAAUGAAAACGAUGCUAAUAAAGAAAGGGGAUGGCUUUUGUUAUCUAAUUGUUUAUCAGCAUUUCAACCAAGCAUUACUCUUUUCAAAUAUUUGCUCAAGUAUGUGUCCGAUCAUGCUUACGAUGGUUAUAAAGCUUAUUGCCAACGUAAGCUUCUUCAAGGAGAAAGAACUGUGUUUCGAAUAAUGAGUAACAAUCAACAAAUUGUUCAACACGUGCCAAGAAAUUAUCCACCCUGUGUCUUAGAAUGGCGAGCUAACAGAAACCGAGUGAACAUGGCUCUCAAUGUUGGAUUUUAUGACGGUGAAACCACCACGUGCGCUAUUGAUUCUUGGACAACGUGCGAGGAAUUAGCUAAUCUCGCAGUACAAAAUCAUGGAGUUGACAAUACGGGUUGGACUAUUACGUUGUGGAACCAAUUGGAUGGUCCUGAUGCUAUCGUAACCGAAACUAAUGGGUGCGAUUACGUUCUUGACUUAAUUUCUGAAAUGGAAUUAGCACCAGCAUUCCCAGCAGCCAAACACAUGUUCCUGGAACAACGAAAGAACAGUUAUCCUCCUAUUAAAAAGAGAGACCAUGCACAAGUAAUUAGAGAGUUGGAACAAGAAAUAGAGACACCCGUUUUGAAAACCUUCCAACCUCUUGAAAGGAAAUCAGUACCGAAAGUUGUGGACAAGCCGGUUGAACCGGAAAUUCAGUCACCAAGACGUCCAGCUGUUCCACCACCACAACCGCCAGUUUCGAAACUACCGGCACGUAAGCAAUCUCACGAAGCGAUCUUGGAGACAACGACGGAGACCGGAUUAUCGAGAAAGUCAGCAUUGAACGAUCGUUACUUCGAAAAAGAAAAGCAACGAAGUAGAAGCUUGGACAAUUUGCUACAACCCGAAGUUGUGAUACCACCUAACAAACUCGCUGAUCUUGGUCUAUCUUCGUCUAAAUUAAAUGAACGUUAUCACAGUCUCGAGAGAAUUGGGGAAACUUCGACGGUAACCAAUGCUGAAUACAUGACGAGAAACGAAGUUGCGCAAGAAAGAAAAUACAGUAGGAUAACAAGGAUACCAGAACCUAAUAUUGAGGAAGAGGAUCUUACAAUCGAUUUUGAGUAUCCUGAUAUACAAUCGGUCAGUCAAACUGGACGAUCGGAAGAUGAUAAAAGCAGUUACAUUAGAUCGCAAACUAGAUUUAUUAAAUCGCAAUAUCCUGGGAAACGUGCUUUGCCAGGUAGCCAAUCGAGUCGUGCUUACAUCGAGAAAAGCGAAUAUGGUGUGAAAUCGUCAGCAAUGUCCGACACCAGCGAAGCACCUUCAUUGGCGUCACACGUAAGGCGAGUUAGAGUACCUAGUCAAGCAUCGGAUGUCGAUCAGUUUCUCGAUGAAUUAUUCAUGCCAGUUUUGGAUGGAAAUCUUGACGAGCUCUCUGAUGCUAGAAGCCUUGCAGCAAGCAUCAAGGGUACCAACUAUGAUAGCUUAUUUGAUGGAUCGAUAAUAAUAAAAGAGAAAAAAGAAAAUAAAAGCUUCGAAGAUUUUAUCGGUGAUAUGACCGGAAAUCUUGGUGAAAAACAUAUCACGGCUAAUGUUUUGAGCAAGAAGAUCAAGGGAGGUGGUAAUAUGGAUAUACCUAAUCAAAAUGCGGCCUUCAACUUUAGUCCAAUAGCACCAGGUGUUAUGUCACCACCAAUGAUGAUGCCGAUGUUCAGUCCACCCCAACAAAUCCCACCAACUCAAAAUACGAAUUUAAACAUGAAUCCUGGAUUCAUGCCAAUACCUAUCUACAGCAUGCAAGGACUUAGUCUUCCGCAAUAUCCAAAUUCACCACCUAAUCAAAACAACGAGAUGUUAGCAUAUCAACAAAAUCUUCAAAGAGCUUUUCUACAAAGCGCUAUGGCACAAAAUAUUCAAAUACAGCAACAACUUUUGGCUCAAAAUCAAGCCCUUCAACAAUUAUUAGUCCAAAGUCCCCAGAAUUCCUCGCAACAACAACAGCAACAGCAACAACAACAGCAGCAACAACAACAACAACAACAACCGGUUUCUUUUCGUGAGCCAGAAGAUGGCGAACUUUGGUCGACGGAAAAACGUGGAAGUCCGUCUCAAUCGAUACAAAAUAAUCAACGUCAGGAGACGAUGACGGUGAAAGCUCAAAUCCAUAGACCUCCGAGUCCGGAUAGAAAAAAUUCUGAAGUUGGUAGAAAAAUCAGCAUGGAAUAUGGUGCACGUAAGAUCAGUGGCGAAAAAAAAUUGGCGGAUAGAAAAUCGUCGGCCUCGGCCGAUGUUAAAAGAACAAACACGAACAAGAGCAACGUUCAAAAUAAUUUCACGAAUGUUCUCAGUGAAUUAAAAAAUAGAAAAAGUAGCGUAGACAGCAAUUUAUCGAAUUCCAGCAACAACAAAGGUGUCCCACCACCUCCACCUAUGCCACCACCUCUUGAAUCACACGAUCCUUCCGAAUCUAGACCUUUCCUGGAUCCAUAUGGGAGAGCCAAAACUGUACGCAUAGGAAAGUGGAGAUGGCCACCCCCAAGUGAUUCUAACGAAAAUCAAAGCCAAGAUAGUUUCAUAGAAUUUAAAAUGCGUCAGCAACAGCAACAAAGGAAAAUAACACCGCAUUAUCAAGAGUUUCCACAAAAUGAUUGCGUCGAACUAAACGCGGAAGGUACCGUCGAAUGGGAGGAAUUCGAAAUUGAGAAUAUCGUUGGAAACGAGGAACGAACUAUGAUCGUGCAUGGAUCCGCUGGUACGAGUACCAGACAUGAAAAUGGACAUAAGGAAGAAGGAGAGAAGAAAAAAAAGAAAUCUAAAUCCAGUUUGGAAAUAGGUGCACAAAGACCUUCACCAGGUAGUAUAGGUAAACUUAAAUUAAGUUCAGAAAUGAGGCAAAGACUCGAAAAGGUAACAGCCAAUCACAGUGUACGAUCUACAAAAACUACUGAAAAACCUGCGUUACCGCGCGAAGAUGGUAAAGUUAAAAGAUUAGAGGAUAAUCGGAAACUUUUAUUGGAACAACAAUUAGGUGGUAGAUGGGAUGAUUACGCUUCAACAGCUGACGACACUCAAAGUGUAACAUCCAAAGGUACAACAGAUAUGAUGACACAAGCUCAAGUUGUUAGAACACAAAUUGAAAGAAUGGAAAGGCCAGUACCACCACCACCUCCUAUUACACCUCCGCAACCACCUAGUCCACGGGGUGGAAGCGUGUAUAGUAACAGUCAAUCCGGAAUACCACAACCAAAGUCACCACCUGCACCGAUAGAACCUAAAACACGAGAGUCCUUCAGAACCUCUCCAGAUUCAGAUUCUUUCGAUCAUUUUCCAAAGAAUCAACGUGACAUGUUUAGCCAAAGUAGAGACAUAUUUGCUUCUCAGCAACACUUAAGGGAAAAUAACGAAUAUAGAAACGACUUUGAUAAAUCUCGAUCGUCGCAGGAUCAAAAAUCCAAGGACUUUUAUGGAAAGGACAGUACGGAUUUAGCUAGUACCAGGGAUCGAAUUUCAGAUUUUGAUUCCCGUCGUGACAUGAACUCAGAUAUUUUUGAUCCGAAGUAUGCUAGAGAUGUUUUUGAAAGUACCAGUCCUAAAAGGGAUCCCUUUGGUAUGACUCGAGACGUGUCACCAAAAUCCAGGGACAGUUUUGGAAUGCCGUCACCGCGAGAUUUCGGAGUUGUACCUAAUACGAGAGAAUCAUUCUCAGCGGCUCGGCAAAGUUUCAAAAAAUUGGACAGAGAAGUGGACAGAAGAUCCAGCGUUGCGUCGACUCAUCGUACCGAUAAAAUGGAAAGAAUCGAAAUCGAGGAAUGGCCAGAAUUUCUCAGGCCGGUAUUACCUCCACCCGAUAAGCCAGAAAUAGAAAAAGUUCAAGAAGUUGUCAACACAAAAUUAUAUCCACAAACUUCUACAGCUCAUUUCACUUACAAUAGAGUAAGCUGGACGUUAAGGGUUAAGAAAGAAGUUUUCGCACCGAAUGAAACCUUGAACAGUCCAUUGGCACUUCAUUUGGUCUUUUGUCAAGUGGCUUACGAUGUUUUGGCUACGUCAAGUAUCAGAAUUACUAAAGAGGAUCGUCAAAAUAUGCUCAAGAUGCUCGACAAUUAUGGCGUUACUUUGGACAAUCUUCAAAGUACUCAACACAAGAUUACUAUUAAGAAAAAUAUCGUUGAUAUGGCUAAACAAUGGCCGUUAUAUUUCGCUCGAAUAUUUCCAGUUUCGAUCGGUCCGCAACAUCCGGAAACUCAACAUGUCGCAGUCUCGCAUCAUGGUUUACGAUUAAUAAAACGUACAACAAAUGGGGAUUUAAUUAUAUUAGAAACGUUGCCGCUCGAAGAUAUCGUUUCGAUAAGCUCACCCAGGGCAGGUGUAUGCGUGUUGCAAAUUUCCUCUGGCGUUAGACUUCCUCUACACACCAACAGAGCACCGCAAUUAGCUGAUAUGAUCGGAAAGUACAUCAGAUCGAUCGAACAGAAACCUCAACAAAAGCCGAAUCAUCAUCAUCAUGAAAAUCACGUAUCGCAGAUCACAAAGAGUAUUCAAUUGCAGACAAAUCACGCGACGACAACGAAUCACGUACAAUCUCACAAUCAAAACAAUCAUAUUAUUUCCAAUCAUGAAAAUCACAUGCCGUUGAAUCGCGUGCCAAAUCAUGUGUCCGUUGUUAAUCACGCUAAUCAUCAAAAGAAUCAACAAAAUCAUCGAACGAGCCCCAAUCAAGAAUGGCGACAACCGGAAGACAAUGGAAGAUUGCACGACGAAAGUAUUUACGAGAGUGGUCCCGUUGUCAACGAUGGAAAACACUCACUAUUGCAAUACGCCAUGUUAAAUUUCAGACAAAGCACGGAAAAGUUCGAAAUGUUAAAAACAGCAGACGGUUCGAUAAGUGGUUCGUUGAAAGUGAUCGAAUCGUUGAAGAGCAAGAAAAAAGGGAAGAAAAACAAAGGACAACAAGAUGGUGCUGAAUGGACAUGGAAGGAACAAGUGGAUCUUGUCAAAUAUUCGAAUGUACCGAUUGAACAAAGUCUUUUGAGACUUGAUGCAGAUUUAAGUGCAUUGGCCGUCGAGUGUUUUCUAUGUUUGAUGAGAUAUAUGGGAGACCAACCGUUACCUCCUGAUAUGAGCGAGGUCAAAUGUGUCUACACGAUUCUCAUGCAUUGUCACAAAUACGAAUUAUUACGUGACGAAGUUUAUUGUCAAUUGAUGAAACAAACAACAAACAACAAGAGCCCUAAUCCAGACAGCUGUCAACGCGGAUGGCGUCUUUUCAGUAUCGUAGCUGCUUAUUUCACUUGCAGCGAAGGAUUAAAACCGUAUUUAACUAAAUAUCUCGAAACUGCAGCUUACGAUAAGAGACGAGCCUAUCACGGUACCGCUACGGUUUGUCUUCAAAAUUUAAGAAAAACUGUUAAAUAUAGUGGACGAAAAAAUGUACCAAGCGUAGAAGAGAUCAUGGCUAUCAGUGCGGGAAGAAAUGCUAAAAGACAAAUUUAUAGAUUACCUGGUGGAACCGAAAGAGUGAUCAACACUAAAUGUACUACGGUUGUGCAGGAUGUCAUCGAAGAAAUGUGCAAUGUCAUAUCUGUAAGAAAUCCACACGAGAUGGACGAGUUUUCGUUAUAUUGUAUAGUCGAUGGGGAUGCAUUUACUAUGCCAUUGGCAAGAGACGAAUACAUUUUAGACGUGACCACCGAAUUACACAAAAAUCAUCAGGUGUUUUAUUUAAUAUUUUGCAGAUCCGUGUGGUAUUAUUCGUUAAGGCUCGACGCACCAUUGUACAUAGAAGUUGUUUUUAACCAAAUUGCUCCGGAUUAUUUAGAAGGACUCUUGUUAGUAUUACCCGGAGAACACUUACCUCAAGAAGUCAUUUACGAUAUGGCUCAAAUAGCAGCACUUUUGCAUAGAGCAGCUGACAUGACGCACGAGCCUGCUACAAAGGAAAUAAAAUAUUUGUUGCCAAAACCAGCGCUUAGUUUAAGAGAACCAAGACCCCAACAAUGGUCGAACAUGGUACAACAAGCUUGGAACAACGUACAACACAUAACAGCAGCUGCUUCCAAAGCCCAAGUAUUAGAAAUAUUAUCAAAAUGGCCGUUAUUCGGGUCGAGUUUUUUCGCCGUGAAAAGGAUCCCGGAGGGUAAAGAAAAGGGCGGCGAUCAUAUAUUAGCCUUGAAUCGUCACGGUGUACAUUUCAUAGACUUAGUCACUCACGAAACGUUGUAUCAUUAUCCAUACUCCGAAGUUAUUUCAACGCGAAAAGUUAAAUCCGAGGAAGGUACGCUUUACUUGGACAUGAAAUGUGGCAAUCUUAUGCAACAACGUAUAACCAGACUGCAAACAGAGCAAGCUCAUGAAAUUUCACGUCUGAUUAGGCAGUAUAUAACCAUGGAACAAAUAACUACCAACUCGCAGACCGGUGGUGGAAUUGGUUUUGGAAUGAGAUAAACUCAUUAACGUUAAACUUUCGUUUUUUUUUAAUCUGUCACUGUUACAAGACGGAUCGUAAGAUCGUUCGAAAUAACUAUGAACGGAUCUUCCACUUCUUCUUUUUCUUCUUCUUCGAUCGUUCGGGAUACGAAAGUAAAAUUGGUUUGAAGAUUGAAUUAUCUAAGAAGCGUUUACUAUAUAACGACUGUGUAAAUAGCGCCGUGUAAUAGGAUCGUUUAAAGGAUGGAAAGAAGAAGUUAAUUUUAAGAGAGAACGACGAUUCUGUACGUCGAAGGAAUUUAUUCUUCAUUCCUCGGGGGAUUUCUUUUUUUUUUUUGGUUUUAGGCUUCAGUACAGAAUACUAGUCGAAUCCUCUCUCUUGAUUUAUAAUAUUUAUAUAAUACAUUCUUUUUUUUUUUU